AUGCCACGAGAGAGAGAGAGAGAGAGGAGAGUGUGUGUGUGUGUGUGUGUGUGUUUUUGUGUCUUCUGGGGGGAGAAAGAGGGCGUGGUCAUGUCAUCACCUUUCCUGCUGCAGUUUUUCUUUGAGCUCAGUUCCCAAUGCAGGGGAGGAAGGGUAGCUAGGAGGUUGGUUAUGGUCUAACUUGAAGUGAGUGAAAGACUGGGGAGUGUAUGGGAAGAGAGAAAUAGAGAAUAUACCAGGCAACACCACAACAGUACCCACCCAUUUUGUAGUAAUGUACUACUACUAUUUAAAUUCUCACAAAAAUCAAAUGCGGCUGACCUCUUCUUACUCUCAUAUAUGGAUCCGCUUUUGGCGCUUCUCCUGCACCUAGCUUGCUCGCCCUUUUAGCAUUUUUCUUCCUCAAAUCUCUCUCUCUGGUCUUCCAAGAAUACUCUCAUUUUCAUUCUGAAUAGUCUUCCAACGUUAGAAAGUUAAUUUCAAAGGUUAAUUCUAUUAUCCCUUAUUUCCUUGCUUCCAUAAUUUAGAAGAGCAGAGGAGAAAGCUAGCUUGCUGGCUGGCCGAGCAGCUAUGGGCAGAGAAUGGUACUGGGGUGGUCGUUCAUCAACAAAGACAGGUAGCGGUGGAGGAGGAGAAAGAGACAGUAGUGCUACGCCUUCUGGUUGCAUGAGCGCUGUCCUUCAACUCUUUGAUUUCCAUCCAUUUCACUUUGCUUUGCACCAGCAACCUUCUCUCAAACCUGACUCCUUACUUCCUGAAGAACCCCCUGUCCUCAAAGGUGUUGAAGCACCAAGGAAUAGCUUGGAAUCAGAAGAGCCUGUUAUUGAAGCUGCUUCUCUGUCCUCUAUCAUUGAAGAAGAAGAAAGUUUCAGCAUCCGAAUGGGAAUUCAAAUUAAAACAAGUGGAGACGCUGCGAGAUCAAAAGUGGAAGGUUCAAAAGCUAGAGCAGAUGAUUUAUCUUCAGAAAGCAGCUCCUCUCCGGGGACCAAGACACCAAACUUGGUAGCCAGAUUAAUGGGUCUUGAUCUCCUUCCUGAAAGCUCCACACCAUCCAUCUCAGCCAACCAUGGAGCUUCAAUCCCUCUAAGAAAGUCACAAUUUCACCAUCUUCAAGCCAAAAAAGGGAACAGAGAGUUUCGAUCCCGACCACCUCUCCAAAUUAGGCCAAAUGGCUAUAGAAGUUUCCAUGACAAUGAUACUGCCGGUACCCGUUCCUUGCCAGAGACCCCAAGAAUAUCGUCGGCCAGAAGAUCAGACGUUGAUCAUCGGCUCUCUCUUCAAAUCAACAGGGAGAAUAUUAGUUUCAGUGAAGAAUUGUUUGCGCGUUGUUCAUCAAAACUGGCUGGAGGGAGAUCUGAGCUCAAGCAGGAAGAUGACAGAAGUCCAGGCCACUAUGCAAGGCAGAUUGUGAAGCAGGUUAAGGAAAGUGUCAGCAGGAGAGUAGGCCUUGACAUAACAAACACCAUCAGAAACAGGGAUCAAAGAGGAGAAGAGCUUGCAAGGCCUAUUAAAAUGAGGAAAUCUUCGAAAAUUCUUACCAUUGUCAGCAACGAAAAGAAUCCAAGCAAGCAUUCAAGUGCUCCAUCAUGCUCUCCAAGACUCAGAUUUUUGGAACCAAGGAACAAACCAGUGAUAGCAUCAUCAACCAAAGAUCAAACCUUUCACCCUCCGCCUCCAAAACAAUUGUCAUCAAUUUCAUCAACAUUUGUCAAUAAUAGUUCACAGCCGACUAAAGGUACACCAAAACCAAAGUCCCAAUCAUUCCACGAUCAACAACAGAAACAGCAAAAAUCAGUUCACAGGUGCGAGAAAGCCACUGAAGACCGCUUUGGGUCACGGCGUCUCAAGAAGCCCCCGCAAACUUCAGACGCCAUUCGGAACAAGCAAGAAGAACAAUUCGUGCGCCCAUCCACAACCCCAAGAGCCAGCAAUUCAGACAGGAAAUGCAAGAAAACUCCAUUAUCAAACAAGCUCGUGAAUCCAACAUUUGUUCCAUUCAAGAAAGACCAUUCACAUCCAGCACCAAAAAUACCUCAAGAACAGAUUCAGACACACGUAUCUGAUGAUUCUCAGCCUCCGAAAAGAACCUCCCCAUUGCCUAGUUGUCCGGGUCAGUCGUACAAAGAAGAAGCAACACAUGAGCUCGCCAACCAAGAAGCCUACAGAGACAGGUCGAAGGGCGCGACCACCGCCUCCGAUGGUGGAGCCGCCGCAGCGGAAAUCCAGUACAUUACUAGAAUACUUAAAUGUACUGGAAUAGACAGAGGUACCCCAGUGUCCCUCUCGAGGUGGUUCUCAGCACCCCACCCUCUAAACUCAUCAAUCUUUCACCACCUUGAACAUUCAUUUAUCCCCACCGCCACCACCUCCUCCACUUCGGCCGCCGCCGCCGUAUUGGGUAACCCGGAAUUGAAUCACAAGUGCAAUAGAAAGCUAAUUUUCGAUCUGGUGGAUGAAAUUUUAGGGGAUAUUCUGAAACCUAGGAGUGGUAAAUCACAAACUGGGCAAACCAUGCAUGGACAUCAGCUGCUUGAAAUUUUGUGCAGAAGAAUUGGAGGGUUCCCAUUGGCGGAUUGCAGGGUUCUUGAGGACAUUGACGCGUUGAUCGACGGAGAUUUGACCGGGUCCAAGGUACAAUCAUGGGAAGCGUAUGAGGAAGAAGGCGAAGGGAUAGCAUUGGAGAUCGAGAAAGAUAUCAUGAACUCGCUCGUACAGGAAACGGCCGCGGACUUCGGAGGCCCCGUUCCGUACGGGGACCGCGGUGCUACGGUGUGGCAGGGAGCAGCAGAAGCCGACACGCCCUCACAUGUGUCUCUCACGUGAUGAGAUGCCAUCCGUUGGAUGCGAGGUUGGGUGGAGGUACAGACGGGGACGUGUAAAGGAAAGAGUGGAUGAUGGUUUUGAGGGGUACACGUGGGCCACUAAGAUUGUGACUGUUGGGGCCGACAAGCGACAGCUAGCUUUCUAGUUUCUACCUCUUUACUUUUGUAAAAUAAUUUUUUUCACCCUUCUUUUCCUUUAAUUUUUAGCUAAAGGAAAUUUUUAUAAAUAAUUGGAUUUUGUAGAUGUAGUCUUGUAUUCCCGGUUCAUUAGUGAGUGUUGAGUGAUUCAAACUUACUGGCCACCUAUUUGAAUUCGAGUCAUUCCUACUCAACUCAAUUUGCUUCUACUUAAGUUCGAGUUAUUCAAAUAUU